AUGAGCGCACCCAGUGGUGUUUCACGUGGCGCCACAUUACCCCUGCUGAAGCACACCGCGGCGGUGUCAGCACUGGCUGUCGACGAGCGAGCACAGUGGUUGUUCUCCGCGAGCAAGGACAAUGCCCUCAAGGUUUACGAUUUGGUUAGGCAGAUGAUGCAGUGUGAGACACACUCUCCGACCGCAACAACUUCAAUGCACUUCGAAGAGGCGCAGCAGAGGCUCUUCACAGGCAUGCAGGGUGGUCAGAUUGCGGUUUGGGAUACGUCCGUCCUUCCUCUGACGCUGCUUUGCAGCAUUCCUGAUGGCUCAACUGGUUCAAGGGUCAACGGCCUGGACUACGAGUCGUCCUCAGCGACGCUGUUUUCUGCCAGCAAAGACCUGCUGGGCGUAUGGAGUGUGAAGUCAGCUCAGACUGGCAGCUGGGGCCGCAAAAUCGGCACCAUUCCCACAGCCAAUGCGCUCACGGGAGUUGCCUGGGCACCCUCCUCGCGGGAGAUCUUGGCAAGCUGUGGAACUGGGGCCAUUGUCGCAUUUGACGUGGAUAGUUGCGCGCCAUCUUACGCCUGGCAAGCACACGAGGAUGAGAUCACGCAGAUUUGUUGGAUCGACAGCCAUCGUCGACUCCUGACAUCAUCCAAGGACCGAAAGCUCCGCAUUUGGGAUUUCCCAGCUCCAGGUCGUGAACAUUCUCCCUUCCUUUCGCCUGUGCUUAGCACUGCGCCAAGCAUCUCUGCGCCGAGUCGACGUCACUCUGCUCAAUUGCGGAGCGGUGCAGUCGGUGGUCCAAGUACAGAGCCACCGCGUCAGGAGCCUCCAACGAACACUCCAAAGGUUCCUGCAAGCCGUGGCUACGCACCUACAGCGGUAGCAGGAGCUCGUGGACCCAUGCCCUCGAAUGACUCCGACGACGACUUGACAGGCUGGGACCGGUGA